AUGGCGUAUAACCCCGGGCAGUACAAUCCACAGCAGCAACAGCAGCAGCAAUAUGGUUCAAAUGUUCCUUACGGCGGCAAAGGUCAACAUCAACCCCACGGGCCUCUAGCCGCUUCGUCAUGGGAUAACAAUAGCUGGACUCCGACUGUGGAUGGGAUCUCGUACUCGAUCACCAAUCGCGACACCAAUACCCUGCUUAACGUCCGAAUUCCGCAAGGCAGUGUGAUCAAAUCCAAGCCCGGCGCUAUGAUCCAGAUGUCCCCUUCCAUCACACUGCAGGGGAAAGUGAAGUUCAGCAUGAAGAAGAUGUUCACUGGCGGCGAAAUGGCUGAGUCCAUCUACACAGGACCUGGAGAGGUGUCGCUUGCCCCAACUCUCUUUGGCGAUAUUACUACCAUACCUAUCAACAGUAGCGAAGGGUGGACUAUGGGAAAGGAUGCCUUUCUCGCUUGCACCAAUGGCGUGGUCAAAGAGACCAAAAGCCAGGGAUUGGGCAAGGCGUUGUUCAGCGGUGAGGAUCUGUUUGUCUAUCAUGUCUCAGGACACGGGAUACUUUGGGUUACUUCUUUCGGCGCCAUCGUCGUGCGUGAGGUAUGCCGGAGCACCACUCCAAUUGGGCCUAAAAGGGCAUUCGCUGACAGAUGGAUUGUACAGCUUCAACACAACGAACAGCAUAUCGUGGACAAUGGUCAUCUCGUUGCGUGGAACUGUCGCUAUGCAAUUGAGAAGGCGGGCAAAUCGGGCAUGCAUAGCAUAACUACGGGCGAAGGUGCUGUUUGUCGAUUCACUGGGCCCGGAAGGAUUUAUAUCCAAACCAGGAAUCUUGAUGAGUUUGGUGAGUGGUGCGCUGCGCAGGCACCGCGUGGGGCUUGA